CUUCCUCUCCUUCCCGUCCCCUCCACGUAGUGAGGUUGAGCAAGUCCUGUGAACGACGUAGAACCGUGGAAUAAACGGGACGGUUUCGCAAGCGAGGUGGCUAGAGUGUGGCCCUAGGCGUCUCUGAGCAUCUGCAGAGUGCCUUUCCACAGUCGGUACUCUGGGCUCAUAAUGGCUGCUUCAGAUGAGCUCAAAUUUCAUGAAUUUAAUGAAGCCAUAGAUUUGCUGGCUGGGAAUGCUGAUGCUACUACUCCUAGCAUUAGUGAGAGGCAAAGCCACACAACUCUCAACAUGUCUUCCAGCUGUAAUGAGGAUUAUGAGCCAGAUGAAGAGGAUGACAAAACUGAGCUCUUGAGCUUCCAGAAGAAGCAUUCCAGUUUCUGGACGUUUGAAUAUUACCAGGCCUUCUUUAAUGUUGACACAUACCAGGUAUUGGACAGAAUAAAAGGCUCCCUACUUCCGCUACCAGGGAAAAACUUUGUAUGGCAUCACUUGCAGAACAAUCCUGACCUCUAUGGACCCUUCUGGAUCUGUGCCACAUUGAUAUUCACAUUAGCCAUCAGUGGUAACUUAUCUUACUUCCUGGAAAAAAGAGGGAGCUCCUCCAUCCACUACAGCCCUCAAUUCCACAAAGUGACUAUUGCAGGGAUAGUUAUCUAUUGCUAUGCCUGGCUGGUACCCUUAGUUCUGUGGGGCUAUCUACAAUGGCGAAAGGGAGCCCAUGUCACCAGUGAUGUGUAUACCUUCCUGGAAAUGGUGUGCAUUUAUGGCUACUCACUCUUUGUGUACAUUCCUACUGCGGUUCUGUGGCUAAUCCCUAUCCCAUGGCUGCAGUGGCUCCUGAUCAUACUUGCAAUAGGGUUGUCAGGCUCAGUUCUGGUCCUUACUUUUUGGCCAGUUAUCCGUUCAGAUUGCAAGCCAGCUGCUUGUGCUGUAAUGGCCAUUAUUGUUUCUCUUCAUAUCCUCCUAGCUAUUGGAUGCAAGCUCUAUUUCUUUCAGAAACCAAGCAUCACAUCUUCUACUCCUGUUGCUUACACAACAGCAACUCAACAGCAGAAGCAUACACCCUCAUUUACUGCAGCAGAGGGAAAAGGAAACUGAUAAUACCCUACACUAGACUGUGAAAAAUAUGUAGUGGCAUCAGACGUCGAUCUCGAAUAUCCAGUAUCAGGGAAGAGAAACACCCGCUCAAGAGACAUAAAAACAAUGACCUGGAAGAGGAUCCUCCCAGUGGGGCAAGCAAAGUCAUGCACUGCCAUUUCAACAUUCUUUCUUUUGCUGCUGCCAGCCAGAGCACACCAGCAGUUGGUCUGAUUUAGGAAGCAGCUCACCCUGGAAGCCACUUGUGAGGCCUGGCAAUUCUAAGCAUUCAGAGCUGCUUUGGUUGAUGCAGCUGCCAUUUGCUCUGCUGUAGCAGGGUGGCCUAUUACAAUAGGACAGGAGAGUUGGGCUGCAUGAAGGGUUUGUCUCUUACAUCUAUUUCAGCUAAAUCCUAGGUCAUUUAAAGAAUUACUUAAAGUUAAUUUCUUUGGCAUGCAAGGCUAAUUUGAAUUACACUAUCAUCUCUAGAAAGUACAUUAGCUUUUUCUUAACUUCCUACAUUAAUAUAAAGCAGAUCUUUGCAGGAAUGCCUGUUAAAAAGCCAGUACUUCUGCUGUACCCAGGACUUGUCUGAGUGUGACUUGUGAUCACGUCAAAGGUAGCCACAAAAAGCUUAACGGGCAACAAGUUAAUAAUUUCCUAAGCUUUCCUUAACUAUGACUAGAAGAGAGAAACGGGCAGCUCUUUAGCAAUUUAAGGAAAGUCAAAUCAUUUGAGGAGCACUUCAAGUGCUGUGAAUGCACUUCUAUCAACUGUGCUUCAAAACAGGAUUGUCCAGUGAAUAUGUGAAUAAAAAUAAACCUUCAA